CGUUCUGUUCUGUCGGUCCUUCCCUUCCGUCUUCUCGACAGAGGCGUUUUCAAACUCGUGUAGGAUACGAUAUGAUGGUAAUCGCGCUGCGCACACGUGCCGUUCAGGAGUGUGAGACCAGUAGAGUUAGAGGUCGUUUGACUAGCUUCCUAGGAGGAUCUAGGUGCUCUGUUCUAAGGACGCCUCGAUGGAGCUUUCAGGGACGACGGCACCCCAGACACUAGCAACGAACUGCCCGCUAUACACUAGUACUAACUUAGUCAUCGCCGGCGCGUGAGGCGGCUCUUACCCCCUGUGAUAUACGCGUUAGUAGCACCUCCGGUUGUUGUCCAGCUGAAAACAACGCUACUUUGAGCCUCGAGGUCGGCGCACCCCACCGUUUAACGAGCAGAACGUCGUUGAGUUUUGAAGCUCCUUCUACUAGGAGGACAUCCAGUCUUGAUUGGCCUCAUCUUUUCAAUGGACUUCUUUUCUCUAUUCAUUUAUUUAAUGAGAUUUUCGAAUCCAUAACUGCUACUAGAAGCCACGGCACUGCUGACUUGAUUAGCGUUUGAAGAUCGCCGAGGGGGUCCUAUUAAUCUCCAGGAGGCACGCAUAGGGUCAAAUAGGGUACCGUUAGUGACUGAUUUGACCGUUGAGAAAAAUCGCUAGUUGCCUUGCGGUCGCCGGCGGAUUCGGCUUGUGACGAAUUUAAUUGCAACUGCCGCCUCGAUCUGCUCCCUUCAGUCGUCACACACCUCGAUACAGUCACCUCAGAUCGUAACCCGAGCUCGAUACAGUCACCAGAUUGCUCCAAGCGUUGUAAGUCGCUUCCAUGGGGCAAGCAUGGCCUCACGGCAUACCUCCCGCGUUCCUUCCGCGCGUCACUCCCCUUCCGCGCGGCAUUCCCGUUCCGCGCACCCUGUCCCUUCCCCACCGACUGCGCCCUCCUUUCACUUCCUUUCGUGACGUAGUAGCUGCCCUCUUCCCCCUCCUCUUACUAACAUCGAUAGCCCUGCUUAGCGACUCCCCCUGCCACGUGGCACUCGCGGCGACUCUCGACGUGCUGACGCCGAAGGGCGGCUGUCUGACGUCACGCUGCGUCAGCUACACGCGGGGGCGGUGGCUGCUGGCGUCGGGUACCGCUUCGACGAUUAUGAGCGUCAAUGGGAACUUGAACUACGAGCGGUACAAGAUUUCAGACAGCAGCGCCGUGCUACUAAGGACCAACACCAUAAACGAAAACUCAUGCUGCCAAUUGUGCGCCCAAGCCGACAAGUGCAUAUACUUCCACUUCCAGCCACCACUCGUUUCUGGAAACGGCGUCUGUAGAUUACUAACCGACCUGUCAAAAUUCACUGUAGACAACACUAUAACCUCCACCGCACCGUCCUAUAUCGGGGGCAAAUGCAACCCUUUAGCGGAGGUGAAAAACGACCCGCACUUCGUGGGAGCCGAGGGGACGAGGUUCGAUUUCCAUGGGGAUUUGGACCGGUCGUUCUGUUUGCUGACUGACCGUGACUUGCACAUCAACAUGGGCAUCAAGGGGUAUGAAGACGCGAGAAUGGCGGUGGGGGGGAGGAGAGGAGGAGGGGGAGGGAAGAGAAGAUCAAGAUUGCCCAUACGAUCGUGGAUCAGAGAGCUUUAUCUGACGUGGCGUGAUUCCACUGGCCAGCAGCACUCGGUGUUCCUGAGAGCGCGGGACGGCAGGGAGCAGGCGAGAGGGGAGAGCGGGUUUAUCGAGAGGAUGGAGGUGGACGGCCGCCCUCUCAUCCCACCAACUCAGGUAGCCCAAGCCGUGCACCUGGAAGGCGGCUUUCAAAUGGUGCUAGUAGCAGCAGAGGCUCUAGGGGACGGCAGGGACAAAGACACAUACCGAGUGGUGGUGCAGGACCUAUUGUUCCUGCAGCUGUCGGUGCAUGCGGCACACCCGCUGCUGCAGACGGCGGACGAGGCUCACACUCACUUCAACGUUUAUGUCAAGUACCUAAACAACACAGAAGCAGUGCACGGUGUACUAGGACAGACUUUCCGAGGGGAAAUUACCCGGGCAAAACGGGCAGAGGAGUACGGGCUGCUGACUAGGCUGCUGAGAGCGCCGAUCCAAGCUGAUGGGGACACAGGGAGGGGCUAUCUGGAUGGUGACGUGGAGGAUUAUACCACGUCAUCAAUCAAUGCUGCUGACUGUACGUUUGCCACGGCAUGGAACGAGGCUUGGAGGGAGGCUGGGGAAGAGCCAGGGGAGGUUCGGAAGGAGAUUCAGUCUCAUGAAAGUGUUAAGGAGGAGGGUCAGCAAGAGGCUCGGGAGGAGAGUCAUGGAGAGCAGAGGGAGGAUGUGAGGCCGGAUAGUGAGGAACGGCAAAGAGUAGAGCACAGAAAGCAGGGAAUCGCAGGAAGGGUGGACAAAUCUGGCGAGAAGGGGGGGAAUGGGCAGGAUGACUUGACAGAGGGGGUUGGGGAGAGGAAAAAGGGCAUUUGGGAGGAUGCUGGGAGGGUGUGGGAGAGAAUAGGGGAGCGAGGGAAUUUUGCUGCAGAGAAUGGUGCUGCUGGUUUACCCCCCAGAGAACAAUUGGUUUUUGAAAUAUUUCAAUGAGGUACAUUGUAGAUUAGAGUGUUCCUAGAAGAUGUAGAACUAACAAGCAUUGAUAUGCGCUGUAUAUUGUACGUUGUAACGUUUGUAGCCUAGGGAGACUAUUACGAGGCCCCCAGGCUUGCACCAGGCUCGGUGUUUUGGUUCGUUUUUUGCUCGUG